AUGGCGACGGCAGCUAUGCUUCGAAUGGCCUCUACGCCUUGGGCGUUUCGCUGGGUCCGACCCCUUGGUGGUAUUGACAUCAAAUCACGUCUCUUUAGCUCUGAAUACAACGACAGGCUUCGUAAUAUAGGAAUUAGCGCCCACAUCGACAGUGGGAAAACCACUUUGACGGAACGCAUUUUGUUUUACACGGGUCGCAUUAGCGCGAUCCACGACGUGCGAGGAAAAGACGGUGUCGGGGCAAAAAUGGAUUCCAUGGACUUGGAACGUGAAAAGGGUAUUACGAUUCAAUCGGCGGCGACGUUUUGUCGAUGGAAGGACUCGCAUAUUAACAUCAUUGACACACCGGGUCACGUUGAUUUUACGAUCGAGGUCGAGCGCGCUUUGCGUGUCCUGGAUGGUGGAAUUUUGGUGCUUUGUGGAGUGUCAGGUGUGCAGUCCCAGUCUUUAACUGUGGAUCGUCAAAUGAAGCGAUACAAUAUUCCCCGUCUUGCCUUUGUUAACAAGUUGGAUCGCCAAGGAUCCAAUCCCGACAAAGUUAUCGGCCAGCUUCGCGAUCAGCUGAAGCUAAACGCUGCUGCUUUGCAAAUUCCGAUGGGGCUCGAAAAUGACCAUGUCGGUGUUAUUGACUUGAUCGAAAAGAAGGCUUACACAUUUGAUGGUGAAAGAGGAGAGCUGGUGAAGGAAGGUCCCAUUCCCGUGGAAUAUCAGGAGCUUGUUGAAAAGAAAACAGCAGAACUUGUUGAGAAAUUAUCCGACGCAGAUGAUGAGAUUGCUGAAAUAUUUUUGAUGGAGGAGAAGCCGGACGAAGAAGCUCUGAAGGCUGCUAUUCGUCAGCCAUUCUCAGCGGAAGAGCAAAAAGAAUCAGGCCAGGGAAAUAUGUUUGAGAAUCGAUGUGUGGGUACAAACAUUCCACCGGAAUAUUACUCGUCUUGUGAAAAAGGAAGCAUCGAUGCCUUUACUGAAGGUGCAUUGGUUGGCUGCGAAGUCGAAGGUGUCCGUGUUGUGUUACAAGACGGAGCUGCGCAUGCUGUGGAUUCUUCUGAUCAAGCAUUCCGUACUUGUAUGGCAAACGCCGUACGUGAGACGAUGAAGAAAUCCAAUCCGUCUAUUUUGGAGCCUGUUAUGACAGUUCAAGUUGAGGCACCAGCCGACUUUCAGGGAACGGUAGUUGCGGGAUUGAACAGACGUAUGGGAAUGAUUCAGAGUAGUGAUAUGAAUGAUGAUGGGAGCGGCAUCAAGAUCCAAGCCGAGGUCCCGCUGGCCAACAUGUUUGGCUAUUCAACCGAGCUGCGCAGCCAAACUCAGGGCAAAGGUGAAUUCACGAUGGAAUACCUGAAGCACACACAGGUCCCCAGGAAUACGCAGGAGGAACUCAUGAAGAA